AUGCCCCAUCCCGAGACCGACUUUCCAGACCUAUACGUCAACGAUGGCCAACUAGACCCUCAACGCACGGGUCUGCUCGAAGCAACCUGUCCGCGUACCACUCCCAUGGCUGAGAUGCGGCACCGAUUGGAACGAGACGGGUAUCUCUACCUGAAAGGGCUUCUGCCUCGCGCCGAUGUCCUUGAGGCAAGGAGGAAAUAUUUCGAGAUGCUUGCGCCGACCGGGAUUCUGGAUCCCCGGACCUCCCCAAUCGAGGGGAUCUUCGAUCGCUCUCAGGACGCCACCGACUUCCCCGGCUUUGGAACCGGUCGCCACGGCACCGGAACCACCACGUCCGAUACCUUCAUGAUGCUGGCCCUUCGUGCCCAUGCUGAAGACUGGUAUCGCAAUGAUCUCUGCAAACAUCCGGCUCUCAUCGCCUUCGUCGAGGACUUCACCGGCUGGGGCAAGAGCACAUGGGCUUUGGAGCGGACUAUCCUGCGGAAUAAUCUCCCUGGAAAUCCAGCGACUGGGGUACACUACGACUAUAUCUUCUUGCGGCAUGGGGAAGACUCGGUCUUGACAGCGUGGGUUCCGGUCGGGGAUAUCGCCCUCAACGGGGGCGGGUUGAUCUACCUUGAAAACGGCCACGUCCUAGGUAGGGCCACCGAAGGCCAGUUUACUAGCAAGGCCCAAGCGGCAGGACUCUCAGAAGAGGAGGCCAAGACCGCGUUCAACCAGAACAUGAUGUCCAAUGGCAUGCUCAGUCAGGAUCCGAGGCAUUUUGGUGAGGAGCACCAACGCAGGUGGCUUGUUUCGGCAUAUGAGGCGGGGGAUGUGGUCUUCCAUGAUUCCUACAUGAUUCAUGCCUCGACCUUGAACCACGACGAGAAUGGUGUCAUUCGCCUCGGAACGGACUUGCGGUUCGUUGAUGGGCGUGGAGGCUGGGAUACGCGAUGGGCCAGCAUCUACAGGGAUGAUGAUGGGCUUUGA